GGCCUCACUCUUCCUCAACAGCGCCGCUGCAAUCUCGUCUUGGACCUCCGCUGUGUCCAUUGUCAUUCCACAAUUCGCCUUUAACCACUCAAGUCGGUCACCAUGGCGACCACCCAAGAGCUACAGACAACAAGUGACCAGUUGAAAAAACCUGUCACUAUUGCGACCUCUACUCGCACCCAGAAGCCUCUACGCAAGAACAAUGACGACCAAGAGGAGAAAUCUCCCGAGUACUCUACCGGCUCCUCGUCCUUAGCGUUGGAUGCUUCAUUCGGGCUUGAGGCUGUCGACGUGGAGCAAGUCCUACGUGACAUGGCGGACAACAUGAUCGGACGCAACGUUCCUUUCCAGUCCCCAUUCGGUACCAAGGCACAAGUCUACGCAGACUACACUGCUAGUGGGAAAUCGCUCGAAUGUAUCGAGAAGUUCAUCCAUGACCACGUCAUGCCUACCUACGGUAACACCCACACGACCACGUCCGUCACGGGACUGCAGACCACGUCGUUCCGAGAAGAAGCUCGCCAAGUCAUCGCCCGUGCCGUCAAUGCACGCGAGAACAAGGAUGUCGUGAUCUUCGCUGGUCAAGGCUGCACCAGCGCCAUCAACAAGCUGGUCACCGCUCUCGGUAUCAACAAGGGACGUCGACGCCACCGUCCAUACAAACGACCCGUGAUCUUCACGUGUCCGUUCUCCCACCACUCGAACCUGUUGCCGUGGCGGGAGAGUCCCUGUGCCGACGAGGUGCAAAUCCCCGAAGCAGAAGGCGGUGGUCUCGACUUGAAGGAGUUGGAACGGCAGCUUCAACGUCACCAGAACCGGCCGCUUAAGAUCGGCUCGUUCGCUGCGGCGUCUAACCUCACGGGCAUGUUGACCAACGUGGACGAGGUGUCUAAACUACUGCACAAGUACGGCGCAUUGGCCUGUUGGGACUACGCGACGUGUGCUCCUUACGUUGACAUCGACAUGAACCCCAAGGACGAACCGCUAGCUUACAAGGACGCAGUGUUCUUCUCGGGUCAUAAGUUCGUGGGAGGACCGGGUUCUCCUGGUGUGUUGGUCGUAAAGAAGAACCUGAUGAACAAUGAAGUGCCGACGAUGCCUGGUGGCGGCACAGUGCUGUUCGUAACGGAGAAAGCCCACAGUUAUCUCGCCAACAAGGUCGAGAGAGAAGAGGGAGGCACUCCGGACAUUCUGGGCAGCAUCCGUCUUGGCUUGGCCUUCCAGCUAAAGCAACACGUGGGUCCUGAACGAAUCAUGGAACUCGAACAGCAACACGUUCAGCAUGUCCGUGAGUCGCUCGGUCGCAACAAGAACAUCAUUCUCUUAGGACGACAGACUGACGAGGUGGAUCAACUCCCUAUAUUCUCGAUGAUGAUUCGAUUCGGCGAUCGGUUCCUACACCACAACUUUGUAUGCGCGUUAUUGAACGACAUGUUCGGAGUGCAGGCUCGUGGCGGCUGUCAAUGUGCAGGUCCGUUCGGGUCACGUCUGCUGGGUCUCAGUCGCGAUCACAUCGUCGAUCUGGGCCACGCAGUCGUCGCCAAGCACGAGAUUCUCAAACCGGGAGUCGCCCGUAUGAGCUUCCCCUAUUUCGCUGAUGAGGGUGAGGUCGACUACGUACUUGAGGCGGUGCACUUUGUUGCUGACCACGGCUGGAAGUUCCUACCCCAAUAUGAGUUUAGCUGCCGUACAGGAGUGUGGCGACACAUUUCUCGGGCGGAUGUGGCCUUCCCAGACAAGAAGCGCUUGUCGGACAUGCACAUCGAAGACGUGGAGAGUGUGCGAUCGUCGAUUGUCGUUGAACCCAUUCGCGACUUGGCUGCUCACAGGCGACAGAACCUCGAACAGGCCGUUAAACUCGCAGAUCUCUCCAUCGAAGAGGCAGCGUCGUCUGACUUCCAACAGGGUGAGAAGGUAGCGGACACUCAUGAGGGACUACGAUGGUUCGCAUAUCCGAGUGAGGCUGUAGCGGCAUUCCAGGAGUUGGGCGAUAAACCUCCACUCUCGGACGAGAUCAGCGGUCCGUGCCAACCGCAACGUUACUUUGACCCUGCGAUCAACCACAUUUGGGACGGCGUACCGACGUUGGCGAAGAUGAAGCGUCACCGGGUGGUGAUGGCGGCGAGGAUGCUCAUUGCUAGGUGUAUGCCAGGACAGGGAUCUCCGUUGUUAAUGGACAUGACGCCGGCGACGGAUUCAGAGGAUGAGAGUGGCAGUGAGGCUGAGGACUCGCCCAAACACUUGUAGAUCAUAAUAUGACUGCUAGUAGUAUUUUAUACUACUAGCUGUAGAUUUUUUUUAAAAGAAAAUCUAAAUUCUGCACGAUUUUGUUUCAAAAUCUGUUCAACAUGUAAAUUGGCGACGAC